AUGUCCUCGGCACACGCCCUGGCGCCAGCAGCCGCGGACGGCUUCAAGGACGCCUCGGCGUACGACGAGCACCGGCCCUCAUACCCCGCGGCGGCAGUGCAGAAGCUGCUCGAGCACAUGCGGCUGGCGGACAGGCCGCACGCCAGGGUCGUGGAGAUCGCGGCCGGCACGGGCAAGUUCACGGAGGCGCUCGCGGCCAGGCACGAGGGCUUCGAGGUGCGGGCCGUCGAGCCGCACCCUGAUAUGCGCAGGGAGCUAGAGCGCAAGGCGCUGCGCGGGGUCGCUGUUGGGGACGGCGCAGCUGAGGAUAUGAGGGCUGUGGUGGAGGACGGGUGGGGGGACGGGUGUGUUGCUGCUCAGGCUUUUCACUGGUUUGCUACGGAUGUGGCGCUUGACGAGAUACACCGGGUGCUCAAGGAAGGGGCGGUGCUUGGGAUGAUUUGGAACAUUGAUGAUUACAACAAACCCCAGUCCUGGACGGCAUCGACGGCGUGGGCCCAGCACCUCAACGACUGGGUGCACAGCCUGGCGACGAACGACGCCAACCCGCGCUUCCGCGAAAUGGAGUGGCAGGACGUCUUCUCGGCGCAAAUCAAGUCGAACCCGGUGCAGGUCCUCCGCGACACGCUGACCAACAACCUGCCGCGCUUCUCGGUGCCCAUCGGGCAGGACACGGUCGAGUGGACGCACUGGCUGGGCGAGGACGCGCUCUGGCGGCGGAUCAACACGCUCAGCCACGUCGCGAUGCUGAAAGGGAAGGACAGGGAGGCGGGGGAGAGGGUGUUCCGGGAGGCGAUGGCCAUGCCAGAUGUUGUGAGGAACGAGAAGGGCGAGGUGGAGUGUCAUGGGCAGACGUAUUUUGCUUGGACGGAUAGGAUGUAG